UUUUAUUCGCGCAUUGUACAAAAAAAAAUCCCUAUCUCUACUCCACUUCCGGUUUUUACUGUUUCUGUGGUAACCGUGCUGAUGCGUUCAAUGGCAAGCAAGAAAAUACGUCUAUUGAAACGAUUCGCAUGACUAUGAGCUAGUUAGACUGGGGGAUGCUUGACAAUAAUUUUGCCUUGUGGUAGUGCAGGUCGUAGACUUAUUUUGUUGUGUUCUGCCCUUUCCGGCCGCUCAGUACCUAUUUUUAUCUGACCGUUUUGACAUUCGUUUCAACGAGUUCAUUGAACGCAUCGUUUGGUUCCGUCAUGUCAGACAUCCGGAAGACGCGUGUGAAAGUUUCACGAACCGUUGUCUGUUUGUCCACUUCCCUUAUGAUAGAUCUCGGUCUGUGAUAAAUGAAGUCUCUCGCUGAUCUGAAGCAGCAUAUCAAUAGUUAUGGCCCUCUCAUUUUGGACGGCGGCCUAGCAACCGAUCUGGAGGCACAUGGAGCUACAUUACAGGGAGAUCCUUUAUGGAGCGCCAGACUUCUCCACACACAACCCCAGGCCAUUAAAGAAUCCCACUACAGGUUUCUCCAAAGUGGGGCAGACGUGGUCACCACUGCAACGUACCAGGCCAGUCUCUCAGGAUUCACCAGUCACCUGGGUUUGAGCGCCGAGGAUGCGAGAGAGUUGCUCAUGUCUGCUGUCCAUCUGGCUAGAGACGCAGUGAGGACGUUUGUCUCUGACGGUCUUUCAACCAUGUCAGAGAAGCGGUAUUUCCUGGUGGCAGGUUCUAUUGGGCCAUAUGGGGCUUUUCUGUGCAAUGGCUCAGAGUACACUGGAGACUAUGCAAACAACAUGAGCCUUGAGGAGCUGAGGUCGUGGCACCGUCCACAGGUGGAAUGUGUUGCUGCGGCCGGGGCUGAUGUUAUUGCAUUUGAGACCAUCCCCAGUAUCAAAGAGGGGGAGGCUCUGGUGGAGCUGUUGCGAGAGUUUCCCGACACCAAAGCCUGGCUCUCCUUCUCCUGUAAGGAUGGAAAGCAUAUAUCGGACGGCAGCCUUUUCACGGAUGCAGUUCAGAUUGCCCAACGAUCCAAACAAGUCAUUGCUGUCGGAGUCAACUGCUGCGCUCCAGGGUUGGUGGAGUCACUGCUGGACUCAGCCAAGUCCAUAAAGGACCCAGACACGCAGUGGGUCGUCUACCCAAACAGUGGGGAGGAGUGGGACAGGAAACAAGGAUGGAAAACAUCAGGCAGACAAUCAAUAACUGAUCUGAGUCAGACGUGGUUGGAGCAGGGAGCUACGAUGGAGGCUGCUGCCGCAUCAGCCCGGCUCACAUAUCUGAGCUGAGGCAGGCGUUAAAGGGGAAAUCAUCAGGACCUUAAAAUCAACAGCGCAAAUAAAGAAUUGAGUACAAAUAAUUUAUUUAUAGACAAAUAAAUAAACCACUACUUCAAGUACCGACAGACACAGUGUCAAUGGGAAAAUGGCACGGCGCUGAUGCAAACACAAGUGAGUGAACAAACAGAAUAGAUGGAAUCUGCCACUUUGUUUCUGUGCUCCUGCACGGCGUUCAACCAAACAAUGGCUUACAACACUUUGACAGGGGAUUUUCACAGAACAUAACACAGGAACCUGCGGCACAAACAUCACCAUAUUUCCUGCAGCUGUUGCAGGGGCUUCAACCAGACGGUACAUAAAAGCCUGCGAGUACAACAGUCAAGUCUGAGCUUACCACCUUCGAAGCAAGAUUGUUGAAAUGUAGCGGAUAACUUUUGUUAUUUACAUGACUGGGUUGGCAAAUCUCCUUGUCAGUAACACCAUUCGAAUCAAACCGCUCUUUUUUUUACUCGACCAAAACCUACAGUGAAAAGAGAGACUUUCUUCCCCAUGGGUUCAACUUGUCUCCAUGCUACCUAGUGGCUUUAGGUUGUUUGACCAGUUCACUGUGUAGCCUGUCACUGGUCAGAUCCCUGUAAGGAGUGGUGUUGCACCACAGACAAACAUACCUUCAGAUCAUGUCCUUGUAUACAAGUUCAUCGGUCUCUUUGGAUAACUUCAAAACAAAAUUCUGCCUCUCAACUUUGCCUUGUACCUGACAUAUGGCCACAUGGAUCUGUAUGUAAUGACCCAUCAGGUGAUGAGAUAUGUGCUUGGUAAAACCUGGCUGGUGUGUGGCUUCUUGCAGCAGACUCAGAGCAGCCAUGGUGACUGACUGUGAAAAAACAAGUGCCACCGCAACAUGUUCAGUUCCUGAACAUACAAAUAUUAAAGAUAGGAUGUGUAACUUUGAAUGUGCUGUUGACACUACCUCUUUACAAUAUUGACUCGACCACCACUGAAUCAGAUCAGGGCAACAGUUGGGGAUUCAGGUUAGCAGAUGCCAGAGAGUUAGUGGACUUACCUUUAAAUAUUAACUGCUCUUUAAGAGACCAUUGUAACAGCUUAAUCCAGUGCUAGUGUAGAUGAUUGAUGUGAUCAACCAGUGAAGUGCAUGUCAACCUCUGAGGAAUAUCUAACCUGUGAGCAACAAAACUGAUCUAGAUCAGAGAUCCACAUCCCAGUACAAGUCCAUUCUGUCUUAUAAACAAAGGGAGCGCAGCUGUAAGUGCAGCAGUAAACCCACCACUGUAAUCGGUCACUCACACUUGGUGCAGUUCAGUCGCCGAUUUCCUCCUCCAUGUCGCUGUCCGGUG